AGGGGCAGGAGCUUGCCCAGCGAGCGCCUUUCGUCGCCGCACCGGCAACCGGCGGGACGAGAUGACGUCACAGCGGCGGGACGCACGCAGGAGGAACGGCGCGGCGAGGAGGCGAGUUGGCUGCACACUUUAUCCGGACUAAAAGUCCCAUAACGGACAUAACUUUGCCUUUCAUGCUAUGAUGACUUCAUGGGGUCAGCAAAAAAUGUGAUAAAUGAACCGGUUGAUGUAGAAGACAGUUAUAACAUGAUGGCUUCCUUCCAGCGUUCAAAUAGUCAUGACAAGGUCAGAAAAAUUGUGGCUGAAGAGGGUCGCACAGCAAGGAACCUGAUUGCAUGGAGUGUGCCCUUGGAAAGCAAAGAGGAUGAUGGAAAACCAAAAUGGCAAGUAGGAGGGAAAUCCAAGAGAAUAACUCAGGGAACUCAUAAAACUGCUAAACAGAGCACCACAUCAGACUGCAAAAUAACAUCAGCAGCUGGAGAAAAAAACUUUGAUAAAAGCCCAACUAAAACAAGACAGCCUCGGAAAGUGGAUCUGCGAGCACGGUACUGGGCCUUCCUUUUCGACAACUUAAGACGUGCGGUUGAUGAAAUCUAUGUCACCUGUGAAUCAGAUCAGAGUGUAGUAGAAUGCAAGGAGGUGUUAAUGAUGCUAGACAACUAUGUACGUGAUUUCAAGGCUUUAAUUGAUUGGAUACAGCUUCAAGAAAAGCUGGAGAAGGCUGAUGCCCAGAGCAGGCCUACUUCACUAGCAUGGGAAGUAAAGAAGAUGUCUCCGGGACGCCAUGUAAUUCCAAGCCCGUCAACUGACAGAAUAAGUGCAACAUCAAACGCUCGAAGAAGUCUGAACUUUGGGACACCAUCUGCAACAGUGACUUCUAAUCGUCUGGCUCCAGUGGGUGUAAGUUGGGCAGACAAAGUGAAAGCAAACCAUAUAGCAACGGUCACCAGUUCAGAGAUGGCAACAACACAAAAAUGCAUACCAACACCAGUGCAGAAAACUUCACGGAGGAAUGAGCAGAGGGAUGCUGAAGGAUGGGAAACAGUCCAUCGUGGAAGACCUGUGAGAUCCAAGUCUUCUGCUUUGGCCACAAAACCAACUUCAUGUACAGAGUUAUCACGGUUCAAGGAUGACAGCGACAAAGAAAAUGUAGCUCUUCGUCCAUCAGGGAAUAAACAGAAGGCCUUGCUAAAUGAAGAGAGUCUAUCUAAAACUGUAGAACCUGCCCCCAAAGAUUCUUGCUGUCUGUAUGAGCACCCCCUUGCUGAAAGGACUCAGUUCACAGCCCGUGUCCUUGAGGACAUCAAGAUCUCUGAGAAGAGCAACAGUUCUCUGCUUCCAUCUUCUGAAGUGCCUGUGGUUCUCAUAGAGGCUGAACAUACUUCAAAAAGUCUUCAGGUGGAAGAAAUAAUCUCUACUGAUUCCAGGAGCGAUGGAGGGAGUCAAACAGAAAAAAAUAAGAUUGAAAGCGAAAUGGACCCUGCAGAUAUUUCAAAUUCCAUGGCUGAAGUUCUUGCUAAAAAAGAGGAGCUAGCAGAUCGACUGGAAAAGGCCAAUGAAGAGGCCAUUGCAAGUGCCAUUGCAGAAGAAGAACAGUUAACCAGAGAAAUCGAAGCCGAGGAGAACAAUUACAUAAACAUUGAAACAGACAAUGACAGUGAUUUCUCCGCUGGCAUGGUCAGUGGAAGCACAUCUUUCUGUGGAAUUUCCAUGGACUGGAAUGAUGUCCUGGCAGACUAUGAAGCUCGUGAAUCAUGGCGUCAAAAUAACACUUGGGGCGACAUUGUAGAAGAAGAACCAGCUCGUCCACCCGGCCAUGGAAUACACAUGCACGAGAAACUCUCCUCACCAUCUCGCAAGAGGACGAUAGCAGAAUCUAAAAAGAAACAUGAAGAAAAGCAGAUGAAAGCUCAACAGCUGAGAGAGAAACUGCGUGAAGAGAAAACGCUAAAGCUUCAGAAAUUAAUAGAACGGGAAAAAGAUGUACGAAAGUGGAAGGAGGAAUUGCUAGAUCAGAGGCGGAGGAUGAUGGAGGAAAAAUUACUCCAUGCUGAAUUUAAGCGUGAAGUGCAAUUGCAAGCAAUAGUGAAAAAAGCACAAGAGGAAGAAGCCAAGGUAAAUGAGAUAGCAUUUAUAAACACAUUAGAAGCCCAGAAUAAGCGCCAUGAUGUUUUGUCUAAGCUAAAAGAGUAUGAGCAAAGGCUGAACGAGUUGCAGGAAGAGCGUCAGCGAAGGCAGGAGGAGAAACAAGCACGCGACGAAGCUGUGCAGGAACGUAAAAGGGUUUUGGAAGCAGAACGCCAAGCCCGGGUUGAAGAGUUGCUAACGAAAAGAAAAGAGCAGGAAGCUCGGAUUGAACACCAGCGGCAGGAGAAGGAGAGAGCCCGGGAAGAUGCAGCUCGUGAAAGGGCCAGAGAUCGAGAAGAGAGGCUAGCUGCUCUGACAGCAGCUCAACAGGAAGCUAUGGAAGAACUGCAGAAAAAGAUCCAGCUGAAGCAUGAUGAGAGCAUUCGGAGGCACAUGGAGCAAAUAGAGCAGAGGAAAGAAAAAGCAGCAGAGCUGAGCAGCGGAAGACAUGCAAAUACGGACUAUGCCCCUAAGCUUACACCGUAUGAGCGGAAGAAGCAGUGCUCACUGUGCAAUGUCUUGAUUUCCUCAGAGGUCUAUCUCUUUAGCCAUAUUAAAGGUAAAAAGCAUCAACAAGCAGUGAGAGAAAACAGCAGCAUCCAAGGACGGGAGCUUUCAGACGAAGAAGUGGAGCAUUUGUCAUUGAAGAAGUACAUUGUGGACAUUAUAGUGGAAAGUUCAAUCCCAGCAGAGCCCUUAAAAGAUGGUGAAGAGAGACAGAAAUGCAAAAGGAAGGCUAAGAAACUGAAGGCACGGAUGAACUCAAGGGCAAAGGAAUAUGAAAGUAUAAUGGAAGCAAAAAACGGCUCUUGUGACUCGCCUUACAAAGCAAAGCUGCAGCGAUUAGUAAAAGACCUACUAAAGCAACUUCAAAUUCAAGACAGCAACAAAGUCUCAGCUCUGGAUAGGAUAUUGGGAGAGAUUUCACGUAUCCUGGAAAAAGAGAAUACAGCAGAUCAGGUUGCAUUUCAUGUGGCAGGGGGAUUUACAGCCCUGGAACAAGUCCUUCAAGUUGUGACAACUUCGGCCAAUGUGAACACAGUUUCACGAAUCCCUCUGAAGUCACUCUGCAGUACAAUAAACGCUUAUCACCUGGCCUGCAGUAACUGUGUGGAAAACUGCACCUAUGUUUUGUUCAGCAACAAGAUUACAUUUUUAAUGGACCUCUUGAUGCACCAGUUAAUGGUUUACAUUCCAGAUGACCAUAAUGCUACCUUAGGAAGAACUGCCAACAAGCAAGUGUUUGAAGGUGUAACCACCGGAGUUCUGAGAAUCAUAGCUGUGGUGUUCGGGUGCCUGAUCUCCAGUAUACCGUAUGGGAACAAACAGAUCUGUGUGCCAAAAUUAAUUCAAGAACCAAAGAACAAGGCCACACAAGCUGAAGCCUUUAACAGCAGGAUGCAAGAUCUCAUUAGCUAUGUGGUAAAUAUGGGAUUAAUUGAAAAGCUGUGCUGCUGUUUCCUCUCCGUCCAAGGCCCAAUUGAUGAAAACCCCAAAAUAGCCACUUUCUUGCAGAAUACUACAGCAGUACUGCAUGGGAUGUGCCAACUGUGUUUUGCUGUCAAUGGCAGCAGGUCUUCGAGCAUAUUUGAUGGUGCUCAUCAGGAUCCCACAGGGCUAACAACUGCUCUUGAGACUACAGACCUGGUUGGGGUGCUGCACAUGUUAUACUGCAUUCUUUUUCACGGCACAAUUGCAGACCUGAGCACGACUAGCCCGAAAGAGAGCUAUGCGGAGAACACUGUUCAAGUGGCUCUCAAGAGUUUGCGUUUCUUCAACAGUUUUGCAGUUCUUGAUCUAACAGCUUUCCAGUCUAUCGUGGGCGCUGAAGGACUGUCCCUUGCAUUCCGACACAUUAUAAGUUCUUUGCUGUGGCACUGUUCCCAGCACACCUGUGAAGCCCUCUUGCACGAAGUCAUUGUGUGCGUUGGCUACUUCACUGUAAAUCACCCAGAUAAUCAGGUGAUUGUGCAGUCGGGCCGCCAUCCCACCGUUCUCCAAAAGCUCUGCCAGCUGCCUUUCCAGUACUUCAGCGACCCUCGCCUGAUCAAAGUGCUCUUUCCGACACUAAUAGCCGCUUGUUACAACAACCCCCAGAACAAGAUGAUCCUGGAGCAGGAGAUGAGUUGCGUGUUACUCGCCACAUUCAUCCAGGAUUUCACGCAAAGUUCAAGCCAGACAGAUAACCAGUCUUCCCAGCAAAGGGAAAAGAUCUUCAGUUCUCAAGAUUACCUUGAGCUCUCUAACCGGUUCCCUCGCCAGACUUGGGAAGAGGCACGACAGUUCUUCUUGAAGAAAGAGAAAAAAUAAGUGGUGUGUGUGUGUUUAAACUUUGAAAGCAUCUUACCUUUUCCCGUUAUUAAGUAAUUUGUUGUUCUCUUUAAAAAGGUUUUUUUAAAGAUCCUUUUAUACUAAAAAUGCGUAUACUGUAGAUAGUUAUAUAGAAAAAUAUAAUUUGCACUAUUUCAGUCAGAAGAACUGUACAUACUUUAAAAUUCUGUUUAUGGCCUUUUUGAAAAUAAGGUGAUUCCCCCCCCCCUUAAUAUGUGCCACAUCAAGGAUCCUUGUACCAUGUACUCUGUGGUGUAGCAUGUCUGUAAAGCUGCUGAUAUUUGUGUCUAAAUAUUGGCAAUGGGCACAAUGGAUCAAGGAGUCCCAUUGCACUGAAUGGGGACUGUGCUAGAGAGUUCUAACACUCGCUUGCUCCCGUUCAUUUCUGUGGGCUUUUGUGCCAGGAGAAUUUCCCAGUGGAAUAUACCCAUGGUUGCGUUCUGUAUAACUUGUAAUAAAAUAAUUUAUUCUGUUUCACUGUCUGUUUUGUAUAACUUUUUAUACAAUGCUCCUGGUGUAUUCAGUUAUUUAGAAAGCACAAAAUCCUAAAUUUAGAUAAAUAAGCUAUGGAAAUUUAACCCAAAUGCUUGGCAAAGCCAUUUAAGACUCCUGGGCUUUGUUUCCAGUUUACUUUACAUUUUGUGGGAACGUUGCAGAAGAAUGUGUACAGUCACAGCAAUUGUUCUGAAUUGUCUGUAUGUGGCAAGAGUUUUCACUAAACUUAUUAAAAGCAAUAUCACAACUGUU